CCGCCGCCGACUUCCGCUGGGAUCUGUUCCCGGGCCCAGGGACGCCGCCCCCACCCCAGUUGCCUAGGCGACGAGGGGCCGCGCCUCCGGGCCGAGAUUGCGGCGAUGUCGCAGGGGACGACUCCCUGGGGGCCGACCCCGGCUGGGCCGACCCCAGCGGGAACCACGCCCGAAUCGGAGAGAGACACUGAAUUCCAGGAGCAUGAAAAGAUUCUGUCUCCGGAUUUUCUGUCAGUUGCCCAAAUCACUGAUUUGUUAACAGAGGACGUCGAUGGAGUUCAAGAAAAACUCAGAAUCUUUUUGAAUUUCAAAAACAUUGAAACUUGUUUAAAGGAUGCCAUUCUACUAGAUUAUUAUGUUUCUGGAUUUUUGUGGGCUAGAAGAAUGGAUUUUUCUGUUAUUCAAUAUUCAAAAUUUAUGACUUUGUUAGCCAUGUUACUUCAGAAUCUUGAAACACUACAUAUGUCCUUAGAGGACAGCAUAAAAUGGCUUGGAGAAGUUAUGGCUGAAAUAGGACCAAAUCAUUCACAAAAAAGUGAGGAAUGGAGUAUCUUUGAUGUAAAACAAGCCAAUGCUAUCAUUGAUUACAUAAAAAUCAGCUUAUUUCAACACUACAAGCUCUACGAGUUUAUGUUCUACUCUGCCAGGGAAGAAAUUGUGAUAGGAACUGAGCCUUUUCUAGGAUGUCCAGACAUAUGCCUAAGGUAAACCGUAUCAGGUUCAGCAACCCACAUUUGAAAGUGGACAUUUUCAAAUCAGAAUGUUUUCAAAGGAAAAUAACCUGGAUUUUCCAGGACCAGAGGUCUCUGAAAAGGAAAAGAUUCAGAGUGGAUGUAAUAGCUGCCUUCAAAUCGAAAGGACUGACAAGAUAAAGAAGAGAUUUGUCUUGUCUGCAUAACUCCUAGGUGGCAAGCCAAAGAUCAUUGGUUUUCGUUCUAGGGAGAACUUUUACUAAAUAAAUGCAAUCACUUUCUAAAUGUAGAAGCAUCUAGAAAUGGAAGGGAUAAGAUGUGGAAGGGCAGAGGCUCAUGUCUUCCUCAGUUUUAUACUACCAACUCUCAUCUCAGCACAAGUCCUGGCAGACAGAUGGCACUUUUAAGUUUUAUGGAAUGAAUUGAGAGGUAAUAGGUUACAUCCUCAUUGAAUGUAUUUCAAGUUUAGCAAUAUGGUUUUUGUUGAAUGAUAUUUUGUGAAGUUGUUUAAAGCACUAGAAGGGAAAUUGAGCUAGAUGAUCUAUGAGUAUGUGACCAUCAAACUCAGAUUUUUCUAGGAUUUUUUAGGACUUUCAAUUUAAACUAUUUUGUCCUAUUCUUCCCAUGAGUGUACUUCCAAAUGUUCUUCUCAUUAGUAAAGUCCAAAAUUUAUGAUCAGCCAGUCUUACUCUGGGUAGCAAUUACUAAUAGAAUGAUAAAGUGGAUUCCUUCCUAUGGGCUGGAAAUCAUGUAGGAUUGCUUACAGUUGGAGUGGAUAAAUGCAGUUGUUUAUAACUAAAAGGUCACUUAUAAAUAUGUAGCUGGUUCUAUCUUGGUGAAUGCAGACUUACAUGUUAAUAAAUAUACUCAAAUGUAUUUAAGUCAACCAAAACUCUAGGGUGAUAUAUUUUUAUUGAUUACAUUUUUUAAAAAGAAGAUUUUGAUCAGGUUUGUAAUAUUGGGCCAGAUACCAGUAUGUUUUCAUAGUAUUCAAGUUGGCUUAUGAGGCCACUCUUUAGGCAUGGUGAGUGUUUACCAGAUGGCUGAGAAUAUACAAGCAGGUAUGCAUUGUGCAGGAAAGCAUGCAAGUGAAGAGUCAAUUAAGAAAGAAUAAACAUGCUUAGCAAGAG